AUGCAUGCUUUUAGUGAUCGGGGGUUGAAUAUUAUCGCCCUCUACAACCUGACCCCUGCGCUCGGGCUCGAUCUGACAUUACAUUUGGUCACACGAAAUCAACCGCCCCCUUUCGUCUGUGUGUGUGUGUGUGUGUCUGCUCUCUCGCAAGCUCUCUCUCUCAAGCUCUCUCUCUCAAGCUCUCUCUCUCUCUCUCUCUCUCUCAAGCUCUCUCUCUCUCAAGCUCUCUCUCUCUCUCUCUCUCUCUCAAGGUCUCUCUCUCUCUCUCUCUCUCUCUCAAGCUCUCAAGCUCUCUCUCUCUCAAGGUCUCUCUCUCUCUCUCUCAAGCUCUCUCAAGCUCUCAAGCUCUCUCUCUCUCAAGGUCUCUCUCUCUCUCUCUCAAGCUCUCUCAAGCUCUCAAGCUCUCUCUCUCUCAAGGCGUUAGUUUCACAGCCGCAGCAAACACACAAAAAGAAAUGGCAGCGCGCCCCCGGGGCGAGCUGGCAUGUUCGAUCGGCCUGA